AUGCCCGAAGAUAAACAAGCAUACCACUACAUUGGAGUUGAUGUUGGCACUGGGAGUGCACGUGCCUGUGUGAUCGAUUUCCAAGGGAACAUCGUGGGUCUUGCAUCGCAGGACAUCAGAACCUGGCAACCGUAUCCAGAGUUCUAUGAACAAUCGACCGCCAAUAUAUGGGACAGUAUUUCUAUCGCAGUCAAGCAAGCAGUACGGCAGAGUGGGGUGUCACCGUCUAGGAUCCGAGGACUUGCUUUUGAUGCUACUUGUUCCCUAUCUGUGAUGAGCAGAGAAACCAACAACCCAGUCUCUGUCAGCAGCCCACACUUCAACAACGAGUGCAACGUAAUUCUCUGGCUGGAUCAUCGUGCGGUGGAUGAGACCAAGAAAAUUAAUGCCACUGGACAUUCUGUGCUGCAGUACGUUGGGGGGAGUAUGUCGGUGGAAAUGGAAAUGCCCAAGAUUAUGUGGCUCAAGAAUCACAUGGAUCCCCAGAUGUUUCGAGAUUGCAAAUUCUAUGACCUUGCAGACGCUCUUACCCACCUGGCGACUGGUCAAGAAACGCGGAGCUACUGCAGUGUCAUAUGCAAGCAAGGUUAUUUACCCUCCGGUGGCGAAAACACCCAAGAAGGUUGGCAGAUAGACUUUCUGUCUUCGAUCGGUCUGGAAGACCUCGCUGCAGAUGACUUCAUCCAGCUUGGUGGUGUGAAAGGCCAGAACGGACAUUACCUCAGUGCCGGCCAUUUCGUGGGGCACUUGACGGAAAAUGCAGCAGCAGAACUUGGGCUCACAACAGCCGUUGCCGUCGGCAGUGGAGUCAUAGAUGCUUACGCAGGCUGGAUCGGUACAGUUGGGGCGAAGGUUGACCUCGGCCUCGAAUGCUCCGGUGACCAGGCAGAGCAUGUGGCGCGUCGCCUUGCAGUAGUGGCAGGCACGUCAACUUGCCAUUUAGCCAUGUCAUACGAUGAGAUCUUCGUGUCGGGGGUCUGGGGCCCGUAUCGGGAUGUUUUAUUCCCUGGUGCAUAUCUUGCGGAGGGGGGUCAGUCGGCAACAGGAGAACUCAUUCGCCACAUUGUCGAAAGCCAUUCUGCGUUCCCCGCCGCGACAAAGGCAGCAAAGGCAGCGGGAGUUGGUGUUUACCUUUUUCUUAACGAUUGUCUGCGCAAAGAAGCCGAGCAGAGGCAGGUUCCCCAUGUCUCCUUGCUCGCCAAGCAUUUCUUCUUUUACGGUGACUUAUGGGGCAACCGUUCCCCUAUUGCAGACUCCCAGAUGAGUGGUGCCAUCAUCGGAUUGAGAAGUGUCCAGUCGAUCCAGAACCUGGCCUUGCACUAUUAUGGCGUCCUCGAGUUCAUCGCACUCCAAACACGCCAGAUUAUAGAAACAAUGAAUGAACAUGGCCAUCAACUGUCGACCAUCUUCAUGUCCGGCUCCCAAACCCAAAAUGACAUUCUCGUUCAUCUGAUUGCCUCCACUUGCAAUAUGCCUGUGGUACUUCCCGAGUAUGUCCAGGCUGCUGUGUGCCACGGCGCUGCUAUGCUAGGAGCGAUGGCGGCGAGUGGGAAUUCGGGCAAAACAUCGGAAAGUCUAUGGGGUGUCAUCAGACAAAUGAGCAAGCCUGGCCGACGAUUGGACCCCACAACCGACGUGAACGAGCAAAGACUCCUGCAGGCCAAGUAUGAGAUAUUUUCGGACAUGUGUUUCAAGCAGCGUGAGUAUCGUGACUUAGUGGAUAGACGACUCAAUGGGGAAUAG